AUGAAGAUUUUUGGCUAUUUCAAUGCCAGGAAGUACAAGGAAGCUACAUACAUUCCGAUCGUCAACGCCAUGUUUGCCGCGAACAAAUAUUAUGUGACUAUUUUAUUCGUUCAUUUAUUACCCCGCUGCGCAUCGAUUGCAAAUCACACAGGCCACCCAGGUGAUUAUAUCUUCCUUGUAGCCGGAGGCCAAAGCAUACCAGAAAUUCAAAACUAUACCCGAUACAUGGUCUCAUUGCGUUCCCGCACGGUGACUCGUUAUUUUGGCGAUAAUCAUUAUUGUGCUGGCAUAAUUAUCAGCCCUCUAUGGAUACUCACAUCGGCACAAUGCGCAGUACACGCAUCGAAAAUUCCCCGACGUCCACGCUCAAUUAUUGUAGUGGCCGGCACAGAGAACCGCAUAGUGAAGAGUCCAACUACAAGCUUAAUAGCAGUCGAUCGUGUAAUUUCUAAUCCCAAUUUUACGCUCUAUGGUAGCAACGAUAUAGCAUUGCUACGUUUGAAAACAAAAAUUCAGCUAAACGCACGCACACAAAUAAUGCCGUUGCCAAAUACGCCGCCGCCCUACGGAACACGGUGCGUAGUACUCGGUUGGGGGAGGAUUUAUUAUAAAGGUCCGCUUGCCGCAAUGGUGUCACAUGUCGAGCUCUUACUCUACAUUGAGGAUGAAUGUAAGAGAAGCCAUCCGCAUUUCGCUGCAGGCGACUUGUGUGCCGGCGAUAAUGUAAACUUCGAUCAUGAUCCUUGUUGUGGUGAUUCAGGCGGUCCACUUAUUUGUAAUGACAAAUUGGUGGCUUUAGUUUCUUGGACGCUCGGCUGCGGCCAAAACAAAUACCCAAGUCUGUAUACGGAUAUAUAUUCUAAUUUGCAUUGGAUUCGAAAGGUGAUUUCGGGGAAUGGUAGGGUGUGGGGCUUUUAUAGAACGACAGUAUUACUGUUAGCUAAUUUGUUAAUAUGCAUUUGUUUGUAA